CCUUUUAUCAAUCGAAGACAGGAGACAGCCUGCAGUGUAGGUUUUCGUUCACUUGUCGGUCCUCGAAGCUGGAGGGAGCUAGCUCACACGGGGAGAAUGACUGCCAGCUAUCCGUGCUCGUGGUCGCCGGUGCUGCUGCUGCUCCUGUGGCAGCUUUCCGCGCUCAACGCCAAUGGAUUGGAAAGCGUUUCUCGAGCCUCCGCCAUCGCCCAGUCGUUGCCGGCUGAGAAAGACAGCUGGCAGCCAGCCCUGGAUUCAUCAGCAGCAUGGCAGUCGCCCAGUACAGCAACAGAGCAGAGGUCACCGGAGACGGUCCGACAGGCUAGAAUAUUUCCCUUCUUCGAGUAUCUGACUCCCAGAGCACGCUUCAUCCCCGGCCUUGCCAAGAACAGUCAGUGCUGUGGGAAGGAAAAUCAAAUACCGCUGAUCUUGUUAAGGAGUGCAGGAACACGAAUAGUUGGGGGCUACGACACUACCCCUCAGCAGUAUCCAUGGAUGGUAGCUAUUGUAGCGGUGCAGAUGCGUCGGCAAGCGAGGCAGCCAAGUCCUUCGCCUCCACUCUGUGGCGGCUCGCUGAUCAACGACCGUUACGUGCUGACGUCUGCCGACUGUAUCGCCCCCUUCGAAGCCAUUGAUCUAGCGGUUUUUCUGGGACAGUACUCGUCAACUGAUACUCCUGACAUUUUCCCAUCUUUGGUGGAGCAGCUCAUUCCACACCCGGAGUUCAACCCAACCACGAAGGAGAAUGACAUUGCGCUGGUGAAGUUGCAGACAAUACUGUCUCUGCCACUAGCAGUGAACAACAUCGCUCCCAUCUGCCUACCACACAGGUCCAAAUACACAGAUCAAAUAGUGGCCGUCUCCGGGUAUGGGUCCGUUGACGUUGAUGAAACUCCGAGCCAGGUUCUGAACACUGUAAACCUGCGGACCAUCAGUAACAGCGAAUGUGGCGACUAUCUCGGAGAAGACACCAUCGAGAAGAGCAUGAUCUGCGCUGGCGCCAAGAACAUCGGAGCUGGCGGCAUGGGUCCCUGCACGUUCGACUUCGGCGGUCCACUGAUGAUCAGGACGUGGUACGACCGUGACCGAUAUACGCUUGUGGGUGUGGCCACCAACCGCACCGGAUGUGGCCAGCCUAAUCAGCCGGCCGUCUUCACCCGAGUCUACUCGUUCCUGGACUGGCUCCUGGACAACACAGAGGAUGCCGUCUACUGCUGAACAUCAUGCCACUGCUCACGACCGGUGGAAAUGUGCGUGGAUGUCCAAAUGAAAUGUUCUCUUGCACGUCUGUAUGAAUACACAACCAACCUAGACCAAU